GAAGGAAGAAGGUCGCUCUCGCAGUCUUGCUUCCGGUGCCAUUGCAAGAUCGUUCCACCGGGCAAGGGAAGUAACAGCGGAAUUAGGUUAGGGUUCAGGGUUGCAGCUGGGCGUUGCGAUGGCGGCCGACAAGAGCAAGAAGGCAAAGGUUGCAGAGCUCGGGGCUGAGGGAGAGCCCGAGACCGUCGACGGAGAGCUGGUACUCAGCAUCGAGAAGCUCCAGGAGAUACAAGAAGAGCUGGAGAAGAUCAAUGAGGAAGCCAGUGAAAAGGUUUUUGAGGUGGAACAGAAAUACAAUGAGGUUCGCAGACCUGUGUAUGUCAAGCGGGGAGAUAUUAUCAAAAAUAUCCCAGACUUUUGGUUAACUGCAUUCUUGAGUCAUCCAGCUCUUGGUGAUCUUCUAAGCGAGAAGGAUCAAGAGGUUUUCAAGUUCAUGCAAUCAAUAGAAGUUGAAGAUUUUAAGGAUGUGAAGAUGGGCUACUCCAUUACAUUUAACUUCACUGAAAAUCCAUAUUUUGAGGAUACAAAAUUAACAAAGUCAUAUGCAUUUGCUGAUGAAGGAACUACCAACAUAUCUGGUACUAAAAUUAGGUGGAAGCAAGGCAUGGAUCUUCUUGCUAAUGGUAAUGUUCAAGAGACGAAAGGAAGUAAACGCCCCUUUGUUGAGGAAAGUUUCUUCAGUUGGUUUAAUGAGAAUCUGCAAGAGAACCUUUCAGGAGUAAUGGAUGAGGUGGCUGAGAUAAUCAAGGAAGACUUAUGGCCUAAUCCUUUGAAAUACUUCAAUAAUGAAAUUGAUGAAGAUGAUUUUGAUGGUGAGGAUGAUGAAGAGGAAACUGAUGAGGAUGGGGAGGAGGAUGACGAUGAUGAUGAAGAUUGAGCACGAGCAAGAUAGCUUAUUUAUAUAGUCGAUGAUGAGAUGGAAAUGUCAUGGGUUUCCUAAAUGCGAGAAACAUAGAUGUGUUAGAUUCAUAUAAGCUUCAUAGAUUGAUAGUUAGGUUAGCAAUUAGAGAUUGGGUUUUAAAACUUUUUAUGACAUUUCGCCUCUUAAGUUGUAUACUGAUUUGUUUGAUUCAAAUCUAAUUGGCACUUGAUGAAUUGUGAUAUUA